UAUGAUACAUUCCAUUUUCCACAUUUCGUCGUUGGAUAAUACACGGACGGGCACGUUUUUAGACCAACUGGUUGGAAUGCACUUAUUUGUCACCCUUCUCGGAAGUCAGCAUUUGAAUCCAAGGGCUGAACGGGAGCAAAGGCAACUCUUACACUGAAAGGCUCAGAGGAAGUUAGUAGAGGGUUUCGAUGAUUCGAGCUUUGCCAGAGUCCAGUCUCGCAGCAGCCGUCAGAUGCGUCAAGGAGAGGACAAGGUCUCAGUCAAAGUUUUGGACCGAAUUGAUCGUUGACGGGGAUCGCCCAGCCAGCGUUCAAGUCAAGUUGGGCUCUCCGAAGGGGAAGCGUCCCUGGGGGGCUGGGGCGGGGGGGUCGGCGGCCAUGGACACCCACAUUAAGGAGGGACAACUUUACCAUGUGCAGCAUCAAAAGUUUGGCAAGAAAUGGAAGAAGAACUGGUUGGUUCUCUAUCCGGCCAGCCAAAACGGCAUCGCCCGCCUCGAGUUCUUCGAGUGGUCCGGGUCGGGAGGCGCGGGCGGCACCUCGGGCGGAAAUUUAAACGAGAAGAGCAGAAAACCGGACAAGAAGAUCAUCCGUUUGUCCGAGUGCAUCUCCAUUCUGCCGGCGCUGACCGAGAACUGCCCCAAAGAGAACAUGGCGGCGUUCUGCGUGGAGACCAACGAUAAGACCCACGUCUUUGCCACGGAGAAGAGCGCCGCCAAGGAGUGGAUGGACACCAUGUGUGACAUUGCAUUUCAGGUAUCCUUUCUUUCUUUGGCUCGCUUUUGCAAAAAUGUUCCCUACCGCAGCCUGAAUAUUUUUACGACCGACCGUCGGAGAGAUCCUGCGACAUCCUGCCCGCGUGAGCGUUUUGCCACCCACCGGAACUCGAACAGGGCGCUCCCCUGUCACUGUCGGUCAGCAUCUGGUUUUCGAGCAGGGGAACCGCCGGCGACGGAGCAGACAAGCCGUAAGACGGUUGACGGAGGCGGCUUUGUGUCACUCCAACAGGGGGGAAGCGGCGCCGACGGGGAACCUGACGGGGAAUCUCAAGACCUGAAGAUGUCAGAGAACCUCAUCUAUUACUCCCGAGAGGACGCCGACGAGUUCUGGGUGAGCGUUCAGCGGACGGAGGCUUCGGACCGCUGCCGCCUGGCGGGCAACUACUGGCUGAAAGCUGCGAGCAACGCCCUGGUCUUGAAAGAGCCCAAAACCAAGAGUCACGUCUUCGUGUGGCCCUACAAGCUGCUGAGGAGAUACGGCCGAGAUCGGGUGAUGUUUUCUUUCGAGUCCGGGCGCCGCUGCGACUCGGGCCCCGGUAACUUCACCUUCGACACCAAGCAAGGCAACGAGAUCUUCACGCUGGUGGACCGGGCUAUCAAGUCCCAGAAGGCCCUGGCCGAGGAGCGUCCCCUCAGCUGCCCCGUCUGCUUCGACCCGGAGUGCCCGCCGUCCCUGCAGCACCCCCGCAACCAAGGCGUCGCCGCGCCCGGAAGCGGGGACGCCGGCAGCUGCAGCAGCCGGGAGGCCGACGGCGACUCGGGAGGCAGCAAACCGGGAUCCGCGGACGGCGUGCUCGCCAGGGGCGAGGGAGGCGACGGAGGGGGCGGGGCGAGAGGGCAAGCGAGCGCCGGUGCCGAUAACCGCAAAGGGAGAAGUUUACCAGAACUGCCCGCCGCGCCGGGGGCGGCGAGCGGAGGGAACACGCCUCCGCGGUCUCCGAGAGGCCAGGGGGCGGCGAAGCGUCCUCCUUCGCCCGACCGGCAAGCCGCCCUUUAUUCCGAGCCCGUCGACGCCGUCCGUCUGCCUCUGCGCGCGGCCGACGGCCUCUACUCCGACCCGGUGGACGUCCUUCCGUCCGGGCCGCUCGUGCACUCUCCUCCUCGCCCGCGACCCGCGGCCGACGAGUCGUCCGGCGGCGGGAACCCGAGCAAAGCCCGGGACCUCGAUGCGCACGUGUACGACCGCAUCAGCCUCGGGCUGAGCCAGAAGACGGGCGCGCUGAGUCUGAACGGGGCCGCGAACGCGGAAGGCGGCGGGAGACCUGGAGGCAGAGGGGUCCCCGCGGGACCCUCUCUGGAGCACAUCUACGACGAACCGGAGGGUUUUGCCAAAGGAGGUCUGCACACGGUGGGGAUGAGCGUUUACAGGGAAGCCCGUUUGGAGCCCUCCAACCACAAGAGGCAGGAGCAAGCGGCUUCCCCGUCAGGAUUGGAGGGAAACUACAGCACCCCCAGCCAGGCAAAGUCCUCCGAGUCCCACAAGUAUUCUGCCCACAACCGCGGGGGACCCCUUCCUCCGGCUCCGAAAUGGCCCAAACCCGCCACUGCUCCCAAACCCGCCGGCAAGGCCAAUUAUGCCAGGAAGGAGCCCGUUCCGUCGCCGACGGGGAAACGCGGCCAGCCCGUCGAUAACGUCAACAACAACAACGGCGGCGGCGGCGGCGGCGAGAGCCGAGGGGACCGGGAGCUGUACGGCAAAGUCUCAAAGCCCGCUCGCUCCAAAUUGACCUCCCCUGAUAUUAUCUACGACAACUUGGGAAAUAUUUGACUGCUGCCUUUGAGAGGCUCCGAUGACGAUGAUGGCCAGAAACUCUCAACAAAGCACGUUCGAUUCUCAGUAAGCAGACUUUCUGUCGCGGGCAGAGCAAAUCUGACCUCGUCUUCAACUUCCCUUCCUAAACCGUUUUGGCGAACGAGCCGGACGGACCAUGCCGACCCGAAGAGUUUUCUCUGGAGCCUGCGAAAGACACGGGGUGGGGGGGGGGACGGGACCAAAACGUUGAUCCGACGAACGCUGCCAGUCGGUUGGCCCGCGAAACGAGGACGGAGCGUCCCGUGAGCGGCUUCCGGUUCCGCGUCGCGCUGCUUUUCAUUUGCCGGAGUGCCUUCGCCAGCGGCUCCGCAGAUGCUCCGCCGGUCCCGUGGCAAAAGCGGACUUGACGCACGUGGUACACGGCGGCCCAUUUGGGGAGGACUUCCAAAAUGCGUGUUUGCACGCGUGACUCGCGACGUUUUCGCGUCGCAGAAGUCUGGGCCGCUUUGGACUUUCGCUUUGGGCGACGUGCCGAGGAAUUUCCUCUUGCCCUCGACCAGGAAUCCCGGAGAAAGCGCACGUCGCUUUUCCGAGACCGAAGGAGCUGCCGCCCGACGGACAAAAACGCAAGUCCGCGUCUGUCGGUGGAGGUUGUUCACCUUUUUCGCGCCGACCGCGACUUGCUCUGCAGACGUCGCCGGGGACCGCCCACUUUUAUUCUUAGCCCCGCGUGGGCGCGUCGUGCUGCGUCUGCGGCCGGACACGCUUCGUCUCAGUUCUUUCAAAUCCUUUCAUUCACCUUUUUGCUCCCUCCACCUGAUAACUGUCGUGAAAAAAAGGCCGCUCGAAUGUUUUCGAUCAGCAGACCAAAGUCAAUGGCGGAAAAAUGUAACCCAAGUCCAAAUAAAAGCUAUUUUUACGUGGGGAUUUUCUUUCUCCAAAGCUGCUCAGGCCCUGUGAAAUGAUUCACUAUUUAUGGUCACGUUAUGAGUUGAUUUUCACCGGCCAGACCUCCAGAAAUCGCGUCACUCGAUCCCGCUCGACGCAAACGGGCUCGAGAAGCGCCGACCGAAUGCUCCGACGCAGACGCAUGAAACGGUCGUUCAUCCGUCCAUUUUCCAAGCCGCUCGUCCCCACGAGGGUCGCAGGAGCGCCUGAGCCUCGCCCGGCUAUCUUCGAACGAAACUGAACCGGCCGCCGGUUAGCCGCAGGGCACCGAAACGGACGCCGUAACUAAGUGGGAACCGAACCCAAAGUCAGACGAGUGGGCCGCGACGCCAUCAGAGAUUUUUCAAGUCGUUCAUUUCACCUUUGUUUCAAUAGAAUAUGCGACAAUAUACAGGCCUCGAAUGUACAGCGUUUGUCGCGAACGCUCAUUUCCGAUGCCCAUCCCUACAAGGGCUUUCGAUUGAACUUUACUUGUCCGGACAUUUUCUACAGCUUUAGGGCGCCACCCAACCACAGUGCGAGCCAUUAUCCUCAAAUGGGGAAAACGCAGAACACCUGGCCAGGCGUGCGCCGGCCAUCCGGGAGCUCACGAACCAAAGCGCCGUGAAGGAAGAGACUUGUCAAAAAAUGGCAGCCUUCUAAGGCCAAAAAGAACAUAAAACCUCAAAUCUUUGGGAGAAUAUCCGAUGGACCGACAAGACGUACGGUGCGUGCGGCACGUUCCGUCCGGCGUGUUGGGAAAAAACC